UAUAUAUCAGGGAGUCCAAAUUUUUCCACUCUUAUACUGUGGGAGUAGUUUAAACUCUACAGUUGGAAAAUGUCGCAGUACUCAGGAAAGAUCGUAUUCUACGAGGGGAAAUGUUUCACCGGGCUUAAGCUGGAGAUAUGCGGUGAAUGUGACAACUUCCAGGACCGUGGCUUCAUGAACAGGGUCAACUCCAUCCGUGUGGAGAGUGGAGCCUUCAUCUGCUAUGACCACCCUGACUUCAAGGGCCAGCAGUACAUCCUGGAGCACGGAGAAUAUCCAGAGUUUCAGCGUUGGAACGGCCACAAUGACCACAUAGGCUCCUGCAAGCCCAUUAGGAUGCACGGCGAGCACUAUAGGAUGCAGCUGUUCGAGGGAGCUGACUUCGCAGGCCAGUGUGUGGAGCUGUGUGAAGAUGCUCCAUUCCUUCAGGGCCAAGGCCUGAGCAAGAACUGCAUCAACUCCAUCAAGGUCUAUGGAGACGGAGCGUGGGUGUUGUACGAAGAGCCUAACUACCGUGGCCGCAUGUACAUUGUGGAGAGAGGAGAUUACGGUAGCCACAUGGAGUGGCAGGCCCAGAAACCCAACAUCCAGUCUAUUCGCAGGGUUGCCAACUACUUUUAAACCAUUCCAUGAUUACCUGACCUCCCUGGAGUGCAGGGCCAAUCAUGGUUAGACCAUACACCUGAGACAAUGUAAGGUAUUGUAAAAUAUGGUUACAUACCAGGCAUGGAAUCUUAUCCCCACCCCCUUCCUGAAAUCAACACCAUGUACAUGUAGCUAUGAAAAUAAUAAAAGAGGAAAAACUA